CCAGAGAAGAAACUAGAAAAGAUAUCUUUGGAACCCAAAUCACCAGAGCAGAAGCUAGAAAAAGUAUCUACAGAACCCAAGAAAGAGACACCAGAAAAGAAACCAGAAAAAGUAUCUGUGGAAUCCAAAAAAGAAACUCCAGAGAAGAAACCUGAAAAAGUAUCUGCGGGACCCAAGAAAGAGACACCAGAGAAGAAAUUAGAAAAGGUAUCUGUGGAACCCAAAAAAGAGAUACCAGAGAAGAAAUUAGAAAAGGUAUCUGUGGAACCCAAAAAAGAGGCACCAGAAAAGAAAUUAGAAAAAGUACCUGUAGAACCCAAAAAAGAGACACCAGAGAAGAAACCUGAAAAGUUAUCUGCAGAACCCAAAAAAGAGACUCCAGAGAAGAAACCUGAAAAAGUAUCUGCAGAACCCAAGAAAGAGACUCCAGAGAAGAAACCUGAAAAAGUAUCUGCAGAACCCAAGAAAGAGACACCAGAGAAGAAACUAGAAAAGGUAUCCGCGGAACACAAAAAAGAGACUCCAGAGAAGAAACCUAAAAAAGUAUCUGCAGAACCCAAGAAAGAGAUACCAGAGAAGAAAUUAGAAAAGGUAUCUGUGGAACCCAAAAAAGAAAUACCAGAGAAGAAAUUAGAAAAGGUAUCUGUGGAACCCAAAAAAGAGAUACCAGAGAAGAAACUAGAAAAGGUAUCUGUGGAAACCAAAAAAGAGGCACCAGAGAAGAAAUCAGAAAAAGUACCUGUAGAACCCAAAAAAGAGACACCAGAGAAGAAACUAGAAAAGGUGUCUGUGGAACCAAAAAAAGAGACUCCAGAGAAGAAACCAGAAAGACUAUCUGCAGAACCCAAAAAAGAGGCACCAGAGAAGAAACUGGAAAAAGUAUCUGCGGAACCCAAAAAAGAGAUAUCAGAGAAGAAAUUAGAAAAGGUAUCUGCGGAACCCAAAAAAGAGGCACCUGAAAAGAAAUUAGAAAAGGUUUCUGUGGUACUCAAAAAAGAGAAACCAGAAAAGAAACUGGAAAAAGUUUCUGCAGAACCCAAAAAAGAGGCACUAGAGAAGAAACUGGAAAAAGUAUCUGCAGAACCCAAAAAAGAGACUCCAGAGAAGAAACCUGAAAAAGUACAUGCAGAACCCGUAAAAGAGGCACCAGAGAAGAAACUUGAAAAAAUAUCUGCGGAACCCAAAAAAGAGGCACCAGAGAAGAAACUGGAAAAAAUAUCUGCGGAACCCAAAAAAGAGAUACCAGAGAAGAAAUUAGAAAAGGUGUCUGUGGAACCCAAAAAAGAGGCACCUGAAAAGAAAUUAGAAAAAGUUUCUGCAGAAUCCAAAAAAGAGACACCAGAAAAGAAACUGGAAAAAGUUUCUGCAGAACCCAAAAGAGAGAUUCCAGAGAAGAAACCUGAAAAAGUACCCGAGGAACCAAAAAAAGAGGCACCAGAGAAGAAACUAGAAAAAGUGUCUGCGGAACCCAAAAAAGAGAUACCAGAGAAGAAAUUAGAAAAGGUAUCUGCGGAACCAAAAAAAGAGGCACCCGAAAAGAAAUUAGAAAAAGUUUCUGCAGAAUCCAAAAAAGAGACACCAGAAAAGAAACUGGAAAAAGUUUCUUCAGAACCCAAAAGAGAGGCUCCAGAGAAGAAACUGGAAAAAGUAUCUGCAGAACCCAAAAAAGAGAUUCCAGAGAAGAAACCUGAAAAAGUACCUGAGGAACCAAAAAAAGAGGCACCAGAGAAGAAACUAGAAAAAGUGUCUGCGGAACCCAAAAAAGAGACUGCAGAGAAGAAACCUGAAAAAGUACCUGCGGGACCCAAAAAAGAAGCACCAGAGAAGAAACUGGAAAAAGUGUCUGCGGAACCCAAAAAAGAAAUACUGGAGAAGAAAUUAGAAAAGGUGUCUGUGGAACCCAAAAAAGAGGCACCUGAAAAGAAAUUAGAAAAAGUUUCUGCAGAAUCCAAAAAAGAGAUUCCAGAGAAGAAACCUGAAAAAGUACCUGAGGAACCAAAAAAAGAGGCACCAGAGAAGAAACUAGAAAAAGUGUCUGCGGAACCCAAAAAGAGACUGCAGAGAAGAAACCUGAAAAAGUACCUGCGGGACCCAAAAAAGAGGCACCAGAGAAGAAACUGGAAAAAGUGUCUGCGGAACCCAAAAAAGAGAUACCAGAGAAGAAAUUAGAAAAGGUAUCUGUGGAACCCAAAAAAGAGGCACCUGAAAAGAAAUUAGAAAAAGUUUCUGCAGAAUCCAAAAAAGAGACACCAGAAAAGAAACUGGAAAAAGUUUCUGCAGAACCCAAAAGAGAGGCUCCAGAGAAGAAACUGGAAAAAGUAUCUGCAGAACCCAAAAAAGAGAUUCCAGAGAAGAAACCUGAAAAAGUACCCGAGGAACCAAAAAAAGAGGCACCAGAGAAGAAACCUGAAAAAGUACCUGCGGGACCCAAAAAAGAGGCACCAGAGAAGAAACUAGAAAAAAUAUCUGCGGAACCCAAAAAAGAAAUACUGGAGAAGAAAUUAGAAAAGGUGUCUGUGGAACCCAAAAAAGAGGCACCUGAAAAGAAAUUAGAAAAAGUUUCUGCAGAAUCCAAAAAAGAAAUACCAGAGAAGGAAUUAGAAAAGAUAUCUGUGGAACUCAAAAAAGAGGCACCAAAGAAGAAAUUAGAAAAAGUACCUGAAGAACCCAAAAAAGAGACACCAGAAAAGAAACUGGAAAAAGUGUCUGCAGAACCCAAAAGAGAGGCUCCAGAGAAGAAACUGGAAAAAGUACCUGCAGAACCCCAAAAAGAGAUUCCAGAGAAGAAACCAGAAAAAGUACCUGAGGAACCCAAAAAAGAGGCACCAGAGAAGAAACUGAAAAAAAUAUCUGAGGAACCAAAAAAAGAAAUACCAGAGAAGGAAUUAGAAAAGAUAUCUGUGGAACUCAAAAAAGAAGCACCAGAGACGAAAUUAGAAAAGGUGUCUGAAGAACCCAAAAAAGAGGCACCAAAGAAGAAAUUAGAAAAAGUACCUGAAGAACCCAAAAAAGAGAGUCCAGAGAAGAAACAGGAGAUGUUACCAGCUGAACCUAAAAAAGAAGCACCAGAAAAGAAACUGGAAAAGGAAUCUGUGGAACCCAAAAAAGAAGCACCAGAAAAGAAACUGGAAAAGGAAUCUGUGGAACCCAAAAAAGAGACACCAGAGAAGAAACUAGAUAAGAUAUCUGUGGAACCCCGAAAAGAGAUACCAGAAAAAAAAGAAGAAAGGGUACCAACAGAGCCAAAAAGAGAAACUCCAGAGAAAAUCCCCAAAGAGCCAGCAGAACCUAAACAAGAAACACCUGUAAAAAUACAUCUAAAGGAACCUGCAGAAACAAAGAAAGAAGUUGGCGUAAAACUACAUGAAGAGGACACUGCACCAACUAAGGAAGGGAUAACACCUGAAAAAGUGAUAACACCUGAAAAAGAGCGAACAAAAAAAACACCAGCAGAAAAACUUGAAAAGCUAACAAAGGAAAAGCUUGGAAAAGAAAUAAAGGAGCAAAUAAAAACUCCAGUGAAACAAGAACAAGUCGUAACAAAUCAAACAAAAGAAAAACAAGUGGCAGAAGCUGAAAAAGCACCAGCGAAAACAACGACAGUUAAACCGGCGACAGAGCUGGGAAAAGAACCAGCAAAAGUCAAAAAUGAAACAACGGUGAAAAAGCUUGAGAAAAAAAUGGUCAAUGAAACCAAAGAAACAACAGUGAAAAAGCUUAAGAAAGAACUGAUCAAAGAAACCAAAGAAACACCAGUGAAAAUACAUGAAAAAGAACCAGAAGGCACAAUCAAA